UGCCCCAGCAUGGGCGAGGGGAGGGACAGGUGUGUGCCUGGACUUCCCUGUGGAAUUCGCCCCAGGGGCUGCGAGGGAGACCAGGGACUUGUUUGUAUUCUCCUCUCCAGUGCUGAGAUCAGGGACCCGGUAUUUUGCACUUUUCUGGGGCCCUUUAUAUUUUUGUUUUUAUUAAUUUUUAAAGAGUGCAAAGGAAGUUUGACUGGAGAGGUCAUGGGGAUAAAUCCUGAAAGCUUUGAACGCCAGAUGUAGACUUUGGGCUUGACCCUGCGUCGUUGGGAGCCACCGAUGGUUCUGGAGGAGGAGCAUGGGUGAUCGGAGUCCUGCUCCAGAGCAGUUGCCGCGGUGUCGAGGAAGGGGAAGGUGUGGCGUGGGGUGUGGGCUUCCACCCGUGCCACUGGGCGGAGAGUUGUACGUGGACAGAGGACCUCAUGAGAACAUGGGUGCAACUGACCCAGUUUUAAUGGGAUGAAAAAUGUCCAGACCCCACGCAAUUUGAGUGUUGCAGUUUGUGUCUACGGAGGCCCCGGUUCCAUAUCUGUACCUCUGGAAGGGGAGCUAAGGAAGGGCAGACUCAGACGCCUGAUUCGGGCACCCACAGGGGAUGCAGUGAGGAGUUUGAAAACUGGAAGAGCACCGUCAGAUACACAUAUUUAGAAGCAGGUUCCAGUGCCCUCGCUUGGCCAGGCCGUAGUCCCUGCAUCCAGACUGUUACUCAGUAGGGCAUUUCUCUCCGGUCUGUGGGUUGGGACUUUGCAAGGACCUCACGCGCCGCUCAGCGGAAGCUGCAGAGGUCGGGGGCGAACGUGCAGCUCAGCCCGUCCUGGGCAGAGCGCAGAGGCUCCCGGCCACGUUGCCUGGCGCCGAGGAGGCUGUUUUUUCCACAGUGGUUCAUCCUUGGGCACCACUGCCCUCUUUUGUUCAAAUUUCUCCUCCCUCCCAGCCUUUCCCUCUGCGGUGGAGACGGGAAGGAAGCCUGGCCGUGCAGCCUGAGAAUCGCAGAACCAGGUAGCCGGCACCCUGCUCACCUGACAUGCCUCCAGGUGCCCCAGCUCUGCAGGAAGCCCUGGUGCCAGCGACCUUCUCCCCCUCCUUCCUUCGCCGCGGGACAUGAGGGAGGAGCCAGCUGGGCGCACGUAAGCGCCACGGACGGACGCCAGACUUGGCCGGAACGUAGUUCUUCUCCUGCCCUCUGGCUGCUCAGAGACUGCUCUGCGAUGACCACAGCAAGGUACCGGCCCACCUGGGACCUGGCCCUCGACCCGCUGGUGUCCUGCAAGCUGUGUCUUGGGGAGUAUCCUGUGGAGCAGAUGACGACCAUAGCCCAGUGCCAGUGCAUCUUCUGUACUCUGUGCCUGAAACAAUACGUUGAGCUCUUGAUCAAAGAAGGAUUAGAGACUGCAAUUAGCUGCCCUGACGCUGCCUGCCCUAAGCAGGGCCACCUGCAGGAGAACGAGAUCGAGUGCAUGGUUGCGGCCGAAAUUAUGCAAAGAUAUAAAAAGCUACAGUUUGAAAGAGAGGUGCUCUUCGACCCCUGUCGGACCUGGUGCCCGGCGUCCACCUGCCAGGCCGUGUGUCAGCUCCAGGACGUGGGGCAGCAGACCCCCCAGCCAGUGCAGUGCAAAGCCUGCCACAUGGAAUUCUGCUCCACCUGCAAGGCCAGCUGGCACCCUGGCCAGGGCUGCCCAGAGACCAUGCCUGUCACCUUCCUCCCCGGGGAGACCAGCUCUGCUUUCAAAAUGGACGAGGACGACGCGCCCAUCAAGCGCUGCCCCAAGUGCAAGGUCUACAUCGAGCGAGACGAAGGCUGUGCGCAGAUGAUGUGCAAGAACUGCAAGCAUGCCUUCUGCUGGUACUGCCUGGAGUCUCUGGACGAUGAUUUCCUCCUGAUACACUAUGACAAGGGACCCUGCCGGAACAAGCUGGGCCACUCCCGGGCGUCCGUGAUCUGGCAUCGGACACAGGUCGUGGGCAUUUUUGCUGGAUUUGGGCUCUUGCUCUUGGUGGCCUCGCCUUUCCUGCUCCUGGCAACUCCCUUUGUGCUCUGCUGCAAGUGCAAGUGUAGCAAAGGUGACGACGACCCGCUACCCACCUAGAGGAAGGCACGAUGCUGGGACAAGACCCCUGCCUCGGGGAAGUGUGGCCGUCCCCCGCCCCCCCCCCCCGCCCCCCACUAAACAUCUUUCUUGCCUUAUGUGCCCCAUUGAGCUUCACAGUGUCAGGCUGGAUGCCGUGAUUUCAGGGACUGGCGUCCCCUUUGCCGAGGCCCCAGGGUGGUCCCUAGGCGCAGGGAAGGCGGGGCAGGUGUGGGCAGGGCACGUCCCCACAGAUCAGUCUCUGCAGACGACAGGGAGGAGCUGUCAGAAGCACACCAGGCAGUCUUCUCUCCGAAGCCCAGGAACGGCUGCUGGUGGCUUAAGACACUUUCUCGUAGGAAACGCCGUCCGUCUCGUCCUUGGCCUCCAGACGGUGCCAUGCUGUUGAGAGAAGUCUUUUGAGGACUGCAACCCUCUUCAGACAGAAUCCGCUUACACCAACUUGAGCGAAGCACUCUGUUUAUGACGACUGUUUUUUAUUACUAAUGGCAUUUAGUAAAAUCCUUUUUAGAAGGCAUUUUUUUUUCCAACCGAGUAGUGAAAAUCAACAAGGUGCAUAUAAACCAUCCUAUGCCUUUCUUGAAACGUGCAUUUUAAGAAGUUAACAGUUAAACGACUUUUCAGGAGAUUUAGAAAGCCUUAUGCACUCUUUGUGUUUUUCUGGAAACUUGCUUUAAUAACUUUUUGAACGCUGUAAGCUAUGUACUGUUAUAAAUGUGGUUCCUAUAUCAUUGCAUUUCCUGGAAAAUAUUGACAUAUUUAAAGGGACAUCUCCAUUAGAUUUGCUUUUUGUUUUUUUCUCUCUUUGGUGAUUCAACUCUGCUCGCAGGGCUCAUCUCUUCUCACCCAGGCGGCAGCAAAUACCUUUUAUCGUCUUCAGACCGACUGUUUUACUCGGAAUAUAGCUCUACUUGGAAUGACUGUAGUCUGGCUCUUGCCCCGGUCUUCAAGCAGACAGAAGAAAGCAGUGCUAUUGAUCCUCUGAGUCAGAGCCUCCUGGCUGAGGCUGGAGGGCUCCCAGGGGCUGGGGAGGAGCUUCCUGGGUUUUUACAUUUUGUAAAUGCCUCAGUCCUUUUGAAUAACCAUAUAUCUUGCACAGUUCCAAGUCCUGUUGCUAACCAUUUUGCCCUUGCUGGGAAAAACCUUUUCGUUUAUUUCACUUAGUUAUUCGGAUGUGGGGAUUUACCACUCGGUCUUCUGCAGGGCUGUGUGGGACUGUUGCACCAGCAGCCAAAGGGGCACGUCAGUAGGAAGAUGCAUUUCUCCAUCCGUUGACUUUGGAAAGUGGAGGAAGUGAAAGUGGAUUCUUUAAAGAGAAUUGACUUUCAGAGCCACCGGUGCUUCUAAAGAAUACACUGCAUUGAACUUAGAACUUCUGAAAAAAUAGCAGAAAGGCAAAUAUUGUAGAUUUAUUAUAGUAGAAUUUUUUUAAAAACCUUACUAAGUGUUCUACGAGGCAGCAAAACAAAAACAAAAUUAUUUUAUCUCAGUCACUUGCUCAUCACAAGCACGUCUUUAAAAUGUGGUUAUUUUGCGUGUGUUUGACUCACAUUCGUGUGUCGGGCUCAGGUCCUAGCUUACCUUCCCUGUGUAGAAAUUUCUCCUUUAUUUCUUAACAUAAAUAGGACCAGGUUGGAAGCAACAGCGUCACCUCACUCUUCACCUCUAGCAUUGAUUUUCUUUAUGACGCUGAAGCCAUUUAGAGAACCAGGCUGUGUCAAAACUAUGUUCAAAAAAUUCUCCCCGUAACUGCAGUCGAUGAGUUCAGUGGCUAUAUAAGAACCUGCCCGAGACGGUCAUUCUGGCUGGAGCCCGGCUGCGAGUGUCUGCAGUUCUGAGGUGCUGCAGUGGCGUCUGGGGGUAGAAUGGCUUUUCUGGAGAGGGGUGACAGCUCCAUGAGUCAGUGGCCUGGGCUUGAGGGUUAAGCCUGUGAUCUGUGGGUACGGCUGUCUAGCCGGUGCCCUUUAAAACGCCCAGCGCAGACGGCAGGUCCAUGUCCUGCUUCCAGGGCUGGCCUCCCUGCAUCCCAGUCCUUCCUGCCUGUGCUGACUCUUGCCCUUUGCACGAGUCCGUACGGUGGCACCCCUGUUUUGGGGUGGGAGCCAGAGCCUUUGGAGGCUGGAGCUCAGAUCCCCUUAUUCCUGGAGGGACGGGCUGUCCUUCUACCUUGCAAGAGAGUCUCCAACCCCGUCACGAGCUUCUGUGGCCCCAGCCCUCCUCUGCCCUCACCCGCAGUUCAUCUCACAAGCACGUGGUUUGGCCCAGGUGGAGACCAUGGGGGCUCUGGGGCCAGCCAGGGCCAGUCCAGUGAGCACCUCUCUGCUCUGAGUGUUUGUAUCAAGCACACCUCCGUUUGAUCCAGUAAUGAAAUAAAAACUGUCCAUUUCCUAUAGACACACCAGCAGGACCACACCGAGGCCCACACACUUGCAUUCCAUUCUAUCAGACUCCUCCUCUCUCCGUAAGGAAUGCCAUGCCCAUUUCUGUGGUGGUGUGAUAUUCACCUUGCCUGAUGUAGAAUGUAAAUAGAACACGGGGGGCGGGGGGGUGGGGAGGGCUGUAGAUUUGAACCUGGGUCUUGCCAUCACUCCCCAGCAAAACUGGGGGAGUUCUGCAGUUAGCGAUGGACUCGUUUCCCCUUCCUGGCAUGAUUUGUCUUAAUUGGAAAGUGACGUUCACUUUUGCAGGUGGCUUUCACUCUGAGGCCCCGGAAGCAGGUGGCACCUGCUCAUUGAGAGGUCCUUAAGUCCUGGGGACAGGGGUGGGGAAGGCCACGGCUGCUGGACUGCUGUCCGGGGUUGGUGGGGUGGCCACGGUGGAGCUGUUACCUGCGGCCCUUUGGUAACUGACCUCCCGAGGACGUUCCUGACCUCCCAGGCUGGCCCGUGCAGCCUUGUAGCCAGUGAGCUUCUCCUCCCCGCGCCAGGCCAAGGCCGCGUAGACACGGAAUCGCCAGAGACGUUCACGUAGCAGAGACUGCUUAGGAUCUGAGCAUAAGCAAAACCCUUGAUCGCAUGAAUUAAUUGCUAUCCAAACCAGUCCUUCCUCCUCAGCUCCCAGGAGUACCUGCGGAAGGAGGAACAAACUGUCUUUCUCCAGCGUAUUAUUCCAUGUAGCCCGCUGGGACCCUGGCCAAUUCCUGACCAGCACACAGGGCCUGUGGGGGAGAGACUAUCAGAGAUGCAAAAUUACUUCUAGAUGAUUUUAUUGCUUUCACUUACAUUACAAAAGUUAGAAGAUAUUUAAAAAAUUAGAAGAGAAUAUUUUCCCUUGGUAGUCAACGAAAAAAUUAGGGAAUGGGAAGAAACCAGGGUGAGCUUUUUGUAUAUUUCUCAGAUUCUCGUUUAUUAAUAAAUACACCUCUGUGUGUGUGUGUGUGUGUGUGUGUGUGUGUAUGCACAAUGAUAUCAUCAAAAACGUUUUGCAUGUAUAAAGCUUCCUGAAGGUCUCUUUUUAAAAAAAUACCAAAGCUUGUUUAUUCCUUAAAAUUAACCCUACCCCUUAUGAAAAUAAGUAGAUCAUGACUGGUAUUGCCAAAACUCCCCAUGGAACGAAGCGGCCUGCGUUAGAUAUAACCCUAGUGCAUCACAGCUAGGAGGGCGUGCAGUUGUGGUGUGUGCCGCGCGUGCUCUCCACCCUCCCUCUGAUCUGUGCAAUCCUGUCUUCCACAAUCCGGGAGCCUUCAGUUAGGGGUAGCUACGUGCCACGUGCCUGACCUUCCUUUCGUCCGUUGCUCACUUUACUAUGGGUGUAUUUUAAUCUUGUAUAGAAAUAUGCAUGAAUGAGUCAUGCACAUGUAUGCAUUAUGUAUUUGACAAGUGGUGGUGAAACAAAAGCAACAAAUUUGUUUGUGUUUUUGAAACGUCAGUACAUUUUGUGCCACUAACACUGUGAUGUAUAAAAGAGCUGUUUGGAUGCUUUUUAAUGUUGUGUUUUGUACUUUGGAACCCAAUGGAAAAGUUUGAUUUGUAAUUUCAAUACAUAUUUUAAGUGUA